CUGCCUCUUCAGCACGAAUGGCUCCUCUCAGGGUAUUCCUCCCACUGCUGUUGCUGCUGCUGGUCCAGGGGACAGGUUCCCACAGAGAAAUGAAAGACACAGAAGAGAAGAGAGAUGCCAGCUUCCUGGUGUCCUGUGUCUGCCAGCUGCUGCUAAAUGCCUCUGAGAAAGCCUGCUUCCAGAUAAAGGAGUCCACCUGUCCUGAGAACGUCAGUACCUGGGGCAAGAACCCCCCGGAUGAACCCGUUGAUGGAAGGAAGUGGACCAACUGUAGGCUCCAGGACUCCACAGCCAGCAAUGACUCCCUGGACAGCCCUGACCAAUUGCUCUGCUCAGAGAACACCACCACCCUGAAACCAGUGACUGAAUCCAAUGGACUCAGCAGCUUAGGCACAGCAGCCACGGCUGUUUCCGCCUCUGUUGGGGUUGCAGCCCUCAUCUUAUUCCUAGUGGGUCUCUUGUCCCUGAUCCUGAAGAAAUGGAGGCACGAGCGGCUAUUUAAGAGACAGCUGAGGCAUCACAGCAACUUUCUUCACCAAUCUUCGGUGCCUUCCUGCCAUGCGGAUGCUGUAUAUUCCAACGUGAUCAACCUGGCCCCCUGGACAGAGGAGGACUUUGUCUUCUAUGCCAACGUGCCUCCUUUUGAUAGCACCAGGGGGACCUCACCAGACCACGUGGAGUACGCCUCCAUCGUAUUCCACUGAUGGGGAGCCAAGGGGGUGCUGGCGGUGGGGAGGGGUCAGACCUGUGUCCAGCUGGGAUCCUGAUAGGGUUUUUUUUAAGGGUGUGUGUGUUGUUUGUUUUUGUUUUUAAUUUGAGCCUCAAUAUCAGCCUGUGAGGUUGGUUAUUAUUAUCUCAUUUUCCCUUAUUGUGGUAAAAUAUAUAGAACAGAACAUUUGCCAUUCUAGCUGUUACUAAAUGUACAAUUUGGUGGCAUUAAUUAUAUUCACCAUGUUAUGUAACAAGCACCACUGUCCGUUUUCAGAUGUUUUCAUCCCCCUAAACAGAAACUCAGUUGUGUGUGUGUGUUUUUUAAAAAAAAAGCAUAUAAACAUUCUGAUGGAGGUACCUGGCUGGGUAUUUCUUCCAGUUCUCUUGGAAUCAAAGUAUAGUUCUAAUGGCAAAGACACGGGGACAGGCUCAUCCAAACCACCCCCAGCCCUGGAGGCAGGCUCCUGAGACAGAUGGUCAGCAGAGAGCCCAUCCCACCUUUGUUCCUCCUGAGGCAAGGACUGAGGAGGGGGAGUCAUACCAGUCAGGGCCCACCUUCUGCAUUUUGUCUCUCCUGUUCCUCCCUUUUAGAAAUGAACACCCUGUAGGGGUUCACUGGCACCCUGGUGGUAUAGUAGUUAAGAGCUCAGGCUGCUAACCAAAAGGUCGGUGGUUCAAAUUCACCAGCUGGUCCUCAGGAGAAAGCUGUGGCAGUCUGCUUCUGUAAAGAUUACAGCCUUGGAAUCCCUAUGGGGCAGUAUAGUACUCUAUCCUAUAGAGUCGUUUUGAGUCGGAAUUGACUCGAUGGCAACAAGUUGUUUUUUUUUUAGAGGUUCAUUGUUUUCGAAGGGCUGCAGGCUGAUCAUAUGUCCUGGUUUUCCUGGGACUUCCCUGUGUCCACCUGUGGUCCCAGCAAGUUUACUAUUAGGCCCCCUUUCGCUCUCAAAAGCGUUCUAGUUUGGAGGAUAAAUUACGUGGUCAACUGUUAAUGAGGCUUUGAAAAUGCAAAAUUAAGUCCAAGACCAAGUAAGAAGGGAAAGCAAAGUUGUUUUGUAUGAUAAUGUGAGGAAAAUUGAGCUGGAGUGGAGGUGGAAGGGGGACUGGAGGAGUAGUGAGUUAAGAAGCUAUGAGAAAAGUUUUUUGAGGGGAGCCCCUGGAUGAGGGAGUCCCUGUGCUCAGCUGCUAACUGAAAAGAUGAUAAGUUGGAAGUUUGAGCCCACCCAGGAGUGCCUCAGAAGAGAGGCCUGGAGAUCUACUUUCAAAUUAUGCAGGCAUCGAAAACCCUGUGAAGCACAUACCCUGACACACGUGGGCUCGUCCUGAGUUUCAAUCAACUAGAUGGCAACCGAGAGGUUGCACUGGUUAGAGGCUAAAAUCCACAGAGAGGUAGAAGACUCCUGUCACUGCAAACCUUCGGUAAAGCCUGCUGAACACACAAGUGCCUUGUGUCGGUCUUUUGAGGAAGGGGAAAAUCAUGGAAAGGGGACUGAAACCCACAUCUUGGUCAGCAGAGAGCAGAAGUCGGAGGGAGUGGUAAAAGGUGCUCUGUGAGUGAAGCAGAGAAUUUGACGGGAGGGGAAGAGGGCUGAACUCAGAGGCAAAAGUAACAACAAAGCCCCUCUGGAAAUUCUUGGAAAUCUCGGGGAGGGCACUAGAGUUUCUAGAGAAUCUGGAGUUGGAGGAUGGAGCCAAUUGUAUUUAAAUCUUAAUGGGCAGGUUGACCUCAACAUAAAUUUGGGUUGUAAAAUUUCAGCAGGUUUCUUUAUUGCGUGACUUCUCAGGGCCUUCGAUACGGGAUGGCCGUUGUGAAUUUUGAUGCAGUAUUCCUCAAACUCCUUUUUAUAUCCCCAGGGAACAUCCCAUAGGACAAGAAGUCUUCACUGUUAUACUCUAUGGGAACAACUGGUUUAAGGGGCACCUACUCAGGCAGGCACUGUCGCAGGGGAGCCCGGUUACUAGGCUGACUCUGCUUCUACUCAGGGACGUUCAUGUGGGCAAAUGGGGUGGCUGCACCCAGACUGCAGCCAGGAUGCCUCCUCGGUGCAUGUACAAAGGCCCCAAAUGCUUAGCGAGGCAGCAAGAGACGUCUCCCUAGCGCAGGGGUUCUCAAGGGGGGUGAUUUUGCCUCCCUGGGGGCAUUUGGAGAUGUCCAGAGACACUUCUGAUUGUCACAACUGGGGAUGAGUGUUACUGACACCUAGUGGGUGGAGGCCAGGGAUGCUAUAAACACCCUA